AUGGAUAUAGCAAUUCCAAAACAAGUUGUUGAGUUUUUUAACAAUUUUCAGCGAUGUAUUAAUGAGAAAAAGGUGAAUGAGAUCCAGAAUGCCUAUGAUGAAUUUUCAACAAUAGCAUCAAAUUAUUUUUCUGAGCAAAAAAUGCCACAAGUUGAAAUAUUAAAUAAAUAUUUUGUUGUUAGUGGUUUUUUUGAAUACUUAUAUGAUCAGUUACGAUACAGACUCCUGUUCAACAAUAGAAAAGGUAGCCUUGAAGAAUUUGAAGAAAGCUAUUUUAUGCAUUGUAAAUUAUUUACCUAUAUAAUGAAAGAAGAUAUUUCAAGACAGAUCUAUCUUCCUAAACAAUGGAUUUGGGAUAUUUUAGACAGUUUUAUCUAUCAAUUCAUUCAAUACAUGCAUUAUCAAAAUUCUACUGACGAAAUUAAUAAACUAAUAUGGAAAUCUGCUUACGUUUUUCACUUGUUGAUGGAAUUUAUUCAAACUGCAAAAUUUACCAAAUCUUCAUAUUAUCAAAUGCCAAAAUUAUUUGGAAUUUACAGUGACGUUCAAUUUUUGAAACUUAAUGCGAUAUUUGGUGAUUUUCAUUUAGUUUUAAAAUCUAUAGAAGGAAUUGAUUCUGAUCAAGAAAUGGUUAUGGUUCACGACUGUAAAGCAACUUAUUACUAUUAUUCGGCUUUUGCUUCUAUGAUGUCCAGAGAAUACCAGCAGAGCAUCAGGUUUUGUAUUCUUCUCUUGAAUAGUUUAUACAAAAGGGAUAUCACCCCUUCAUUGGUGUUUACUCACCAGAAUGAAAAUUUUGAAACAAAGAUAAAAUCUAUCUUGGCGAUAUCUUAUGUAUUGUUUCCUUGUCGGUUAGAUGAAAAUACAAAUAACCAAUUGCGAGAAUUUAUGGGAGACCAAUAUAAUAAUAUGAAUAAAGGAGAACUAGAAGCAUAUUUGUAUUAUUUCGAUAAUGUUUAUCAGGAUUUCUUGCCACUAACGCCAGAUCAUAAACAAAGUAACAUCAAGAAUGUAUUCAUUGAAGAAAUGAAACAGUGCUUUUGCAUACCACCCUUAAGAAGUAUAAUUAAAUUAUACACUGCACUCCCUCUCAAAAAAUUAGCUUUAUUGAUGGGCAAAAAGGAAGAGGAUGUCAAAAUUUUACUCCUGCUUUUCAAACAAAAAAUGAAAGAGAUUAAGGCCGCUACUAACACUGACGAUGCCUCAGAACCUGUCAUGACAAAUACCGCCCCUUACUUGCAACUCCAGCCAUUGCCAGAUUUCGACUUUUGUUUAGACAAGAACGGUACACUUAUUACUUUCGAUACAAAGAUCGAGAGGAAAUUGGGUGAAUAUUUCAUCAAACAGAUUUUGAGAUUCGACGAAGUAUGGUCGGCGGGGCUUAAUGACGCAUGUAUGGAUAUGCAGUUGGAUCGACAAAUUUCAAUUGAUAUUUUUUGUCGAAGCUAGAUCAAGAUAAUGCUAACAAAGAAAAUGAAUACCCUAGAGUUAUUAAUAAAAAUAUUAC